AUGGGGGAUAGGGAUGAGGACAGAGAUGGGAUUGGGCAUGUCGCCGCAGAUGAGACGACUGCGCUGCUGCGGACCGACUCCGAGUCCUCAGACUUUGACCAACAGUCAUACAGGACCUCAUUGCGCCGACAUUCCUCUGCCAACCUCCCUCCGUACUACCAAGAUCCUACACCCGCAGACGGGGCCACUGAACCCUCGUCGGCGCUGACCAUCUGGACCAUUGUGCCCGUCUCACUUCUCGGUGUUUUCGUCUCCAACCUCGACGGCAGCCUGAUCAUCGCAUCGAGUCAACAGAUCGCCUCAGAGUUCAACGCGCUGUCAAGUGCCUCGUGGCUGAUCACCAGCUUUGUACUUGCACUGUGUGCCAGUCAACCCCUUUAUGGCAAACUGAGCGACAUCUUUGGCCGGCGGAGUAACUUGAGCGUCGCCUACAUUUUCUUCGCAGCAGGAUGCUUCCUCUGUGGUAUCGGUCGCGAAUACUGGCAUGUGGUUGCUGGUCGAGCCAUUUCUGGCGUUGGAGGUGCUGGCAUGACGGCGCUGGUAUCUAUCAUCAUUGCUGAUGUCGUCCCUGUGAGAGAGGUCGCAACCUGGAGGAGCUACGUGAAUAUUGCUGCCACGACAGGGCGAGCAGCUGGCGGACCCCUGGGUGGCUGGCUCUGCGACACAAUCGGCUGGCGAUGGUGCUUCUACGGCCAAGUCCCUCCCACGAUCAUCGGUCUCCUUCUCAUCCUCUGGAAACUACCGAAUAAGACGCCAAAAACAGUCAAACCGGACGAGGAAGCCUCGUUCAAACAGAAGCUGGCGCGGGUGGACCUGACGGGUGCUGUUACCCUGAUCAUCACCAUCGUCAGCUUCCUCCUGGUGUUGGAGUUUCUGAACGAGGACCUCCCCCGGGUCUACGUCGUGGUCCCGGCUGUUCUUUUCUUCGGGUUUGUGACUCUCUUCUACCUCACCGAGAGCCGCUGGGCCAAAGAGCCGAUCUUGCCCAUCGAGCUCCUCACCAGCCGGGAGACCCUGACGGCCUACCUGCUUGCGGGACUGCAGAUGACGGCCCAGUUCAGCCUCUUCUACUCGGUCCCCAUCUACUUCCAAAUCGUCUCCGGCUCGAGCGUGGGCAAUGCGGGACUGCGCCUUGUCCCCGCCGUGGCGGGCAAUGCCACCGCGGGUCUGCUGGCGGGCUUCACCAUCUCCAGGACAGGACGGUAUAAGCUCUUCACCCUGCUGGGCAACGUGGGCGGCUGCCUGGGCUAUCUGAUGGUCCUCCUUCGCUGGCGCCGCGGUGCCAUCCACCCGGCCGAGACGUUGUACCUGUUCUUGGGCGGCUUCGCUUCCGGCACGAACCAGUCGACCACCUUUAUCCACCUCGCCGCGAGCCUGGAGCCGAGCAAGAUGGCCAUUGCGGGCACGACCCUGUAUCUCUGCCACAACCUCUUUCUCCUGGUCGGCAUCCAGUUUUCUACCGCCCUGUUGCAUUUCCGGUUGAGGAGCGAUUUGGAGUCCGGACUGGAGGGCGUCAAACACAAGAAAAAGAUCAUCGAAUCCGCCGUCUCCAGCAUCAAAUCGAUCCGCAACCUUCCGCCACUCAUCAGAGACAUCGUCGUGCGAGCCUACCUCGACGGCCUGAGUUGCACCUUUGCCAUGUCCGUGGCCUUUGCCUUUUUGGGGUUGUUGGUUGCCAUCACGAUGAGGGAGAAGAGACUAUAG